CAAAAAGAAAAACAAUUAGUCUCCUAUGAUAUUUCUGUCUUCUAAAAUUGAUGCAUCCCACUAGAAAACGUUAAUAAAAAGAAAAACAAUUAGUCUCCUAUUGUAUUUUUGUCUUCUAAGAUUGAUGCAUCCCAUUAGAAAAUGUUAAUUUAUAUUUCUCUCAAUCCCCAUUGAGCCACCAACAAUGGAAGAAGCACUCUUGCAUCCACCUUACUAUGUCUUUUCAUUUCUCUCAUGUUUGUAACUUGAUCAUCCAAGUUGUCAUUUCCUUAAGUCUCUCUAUCUAACAAUACACUACCACCACCACCCCUUCCACUUCUCAUGAUCUGUAGAACCCAACGCUCUAUAUAUUUUGCUUAGUCGAAGCCAUCGUAGCAUUACACACACUCUCGACUCCAUUAUUCCAUUCGGUUCUGGUAGCUCCUUGCCUUCCCCAGCUGUUUUGCUACUCUUAAAUUUUGUUUUGCAUCACUGUGGCAUGCAGGAAGAGCACCGUGAAGGAUUGUUCCAGGUCUCUUCUCUUCAAUGUUACACAUUCAUUCAUUAUGUUCUGAUAUUGACACUACGUUUGGUUCCUCCUUAAUAUUUUACUGUUUGAUACAACUAUAUUUGUACAACUAUAUUUCCAAUUAUCAACAUUUCACACACAACUGCAUUCCUCACAUUUCAUUUUAAAAAAUAUUUGCAUAAAUUUCGCUUAGCCAAAGAGUCGAUACAAAGUCGAAUCACUUCACAAAAUAAUGCAGACUUUUUCCAUUUUCUCCUAGAAUAAAAUUAAAGCGAUCUUACCAUACCAAUUACGAUUCCUCUUUUUAUCAGUUUCAUCAACUUGAAUUUUUUUAUAUGUACUUCAAUUUUUUUUUAUAUCUACCCAUACCACAGGUUAAAUCUUCAUGUUGAGAGGUUGCUUCCUCCCACCCCUCUUUACAUUUUUGCAGUUCAUACUUGCAAUUUGUGUGUCUUUAUUUUCUUAGAGUAGCUUCAAGUUAGGACUGGCUAUAGGUUGCAAUACUCUUUUGGGAUGAGGUUUUAACACUAGAAAAACUAUAGUUGCACAUUUAGAUAGCAUAUUUUAGUUUAAAUAUUAUGCAAACUAGUUGGAGCCUUAGGUUAAGGCUACGAGCACAUGAUUUCUUUCACCAAGACUAGUUCUUAGCUCUAGUCUUUUUUUUUGUGCUUUGUUGCUAAAGUGAGAGAUAGAUAGGGGGAGCAGGGAGGUUUGUGGCAUGUUUUCGCUCUUCCAUAGCUUUUGUUGUAUAGACAUGUCAUUUGGAUCUUUUGUAUACUCUUGCGUUGAUAUAUAUUUACAUGUGCUCUCUUGAUUAGGCUUAUAUCUUGAUAGUGUGAUCUUAAUUAGGAAAAAUGAGUAUGUUAGUGUGGUUAUCCAUCUAGGAUUUUAUUGUUAUCAUGUUCUGGUUGUUAGAUUUUUGAAUUUUUAGAUUGGACAACACUAGUGCUAGAUUAAGGACUUGGUUGAUCUAAUUUAUCCCCUCCUUUGUGUCACGAUCCAUUCAGAGAGCUUCUCCGGCAACCAGUCUUUUCUUCCCCAAGCAACACACGUCCCCAUCACCCGAACGUGUGGACGAUAUCAUGGCGCCAUCGGGGCCGCGCUCCAUGAUGGUCUCUGCCUGAUCGACACCAUGGAGCCGACCACCAGCAGGGGAUGCAUGGGGGUCGGAGCUGUAUCGAGCACACACCAUGCUCGAUCGUCAUCAGUGAUUGGCCUCACUAUUAUUAAGCCAUCUUCCAAGCAGCUCAGCAGCUUGUUGGUCGCCGUUGCUGCUGUCAUGCUGGUAUUGCUCGCCGGAGUCGCCCACGGCGGUAGGCGGCUCGUCGCCUCCGGCAGCGAGGACGAGCCGUGCAAGAAGAUGACGGUCUACUACCACGACAUCCUCUACAGCGGCAACAACACCGCCAACGCGACGUCGGCGGCGGUGACCAAGCCGGCGGCGGCGCUGAGCACGGCGCACUCGGCGAAUGGCACCUUCUUCGGCAUGCUGGUGGUGUUCGACGAUCUGGUCACGGAGGAGCAGGCGCUGUCGUCGGAGCCGGUGGCGCGCGCGCAGGGCUUCUACUUCUACGACAAGAAGGAGCAGUACAACGCGUGGAUGGCCUUCUCCCUCGUGUUCAACUCCACGGCGUACACGGGCACCCUCAACCUCAUGGGCGCUGACCUCAUCGCGGAGAGGACGAGGGACAUCUCCGUCGUCGGCGGCACCGGGGACUUCUUUAUGGCGCGUGGCGUCGCCACGCUGCGGACCGACUCCUUCGAGGGCCUCUACUACUUCAGGCUCCAGAUGGACAUCAAGCUCUACGAGUGCUACGUGUAAUAAGCUAAGUGGAUGUUUGGAUUAGAAGUGUUAAUUGGUGGGGUGCUCCUCCAACUUUUUUAGUUUUACUAUCUUUUUAAAAUAAAGGUCUCGUUUGGUUCGCGCGCUAGGAUUCUAACGCGCCUCUUCUAGUCUCUGCAUGAAAGACCAAAUAAAGUCUAUUUGCAAAACUUUUUCA